AUGUCCAAAGGGGCUGUCGUUCUCUGGCUGGCGGUGGUGCUCGAGUGGCUUUAUCUGACACCAACCAGGUCACAGCUUACCCUGACAGCAUUUUUGGGUCAAUCAGUGACUUUGCCCUGUGUGUACUGGUCCUGGUCUCCAAACAGCAACAGCAUGUGCUGGGGAAGAGGCGAGUGUCCCAAUUCCAAGUGCAACCAGGAGCUCAUCCAUACAGAUGGAACUACAGUGACCUCGAGAAUGUCAGGAAGGUACAGACUUCAGGGGAAUAUCCAGAAGGGCGAUGUCUCCUUGACCAUCCUAAACACCAGGGAAGGGGACAGCGGGGUGUACUGCUGCCGCAUAGAGGUGCCUGGCUGGUUCAAUGAUGUGAAGAAUACCAUCCAUCUGGUGCUAAGGAGAGCCCCAACAACUAUGAGACCGACAACCACCUCCAACCCAACGACCACCCCUCAUUUGCUGCCGACCACAACUGUGCUGCCAACAACAGGCCUGACUGUAGAAACCUCCAAUCCAACCACUACCCCUUACGUAGAUACAACCACAGCUGUGCUGGUAACACCACUUGUGACUACAGCAACCUCCCACCAAGAACCCACACCUCGCACACCAACAACCACAGCUGUGCUGCCAACAACCUUCUUGACUACACGUGAGCUCACAGCCAGAACCCCACUUCAGACAGAGGUCACCUCAAUCUUCACAACAACAGCGACCGUGUGUCCUCUGACAAGGCCGAGCUCUGCACCAGAGACAACCCCAGAGCCCCCCAUGCAAGGGCCCACCUCCACUGCAGAAUCAGGAACUUUUCUGCAGUCCAGUGACUCGCUGAGAAGCAUGGAGGCAACUUCAGCAGACAGCAGCUUGUUCACAGCCAAAGUGUCUAUGGAACAAGAACCACAGCAAGAGGCAGAGACAGAGGCAGAGACAAAGACUGACACCAACCUGCUGAUAAUCAUUGGUUCUGGUUUGGGACUUACACUCUUGGCCUUGCUCAGCGCAGUUCUCCUACAAGGAAAAGUCACGAAAGCCAGUUGCCUGCAGAAACACAAGAGCUUCUACAAUCUUGCAGAAAGACAAAGCGUCCUCAACGACACACUGCACGGACCGGAGGAGGAUGACAGCCUCUUCGUGCUCUGACCUGCCCCUUUCCUGUGGGGUUGGGGCGGGGGCACAUGGCAUUCAAAGUGUCCAAAUAAGUUUUGAGAUGUUUUCAUUUUUUUCCCUCUUAAAGUGUCACCUCUCUUCCUUUGCUGUCGUGGUCCCAGGCUUGCUUGCGCACCUCCAGGGCACUUCAGAGACCACAUGUCCUCUGCCCCAAGCCGAGCCAUCUCCUCCAUAUUGCUGCUAAGUGGCCUUUUACAUUGUGCUUGAAUAUGUUCAGGGAUGGUGAACGCAUUACUAUUCCAUCUUGUUAACCGUUCAGACUGGAGAGUUCUGCUCAAGAUUCAGGCUGCCAGAAGAACAGGCGCAGAACUGUGGGCUGGCUUUAACCUCUUUUAUUCAGCUGCUUAGCCACAGUCUUGUGGACCACAGUCUCUGUAUACUCCUGGCCGUCUUCGUGUUGCUAGUCUACCCAUGCUCACAGCAGCCCUCCGCUGCAUUUAUACCACAAACCAUAAAGGUGGCUAUGUGCCAGCAACAACCUUGUUCAUAAAAGUUCUUUCUAUCAGGGUGUCAGGACAAGUGCCUGCACUGGGCUGCUGUGGGCAGAGCCUGCUGCCUCCAGAGGCCCCUCACUCCACAGCCUGAACCAGAGUGCUGCCAUCUUGGCUUUUGCAUUUUUCCUGGCACCCAUGGGAGUCCAUUCAAUCACCAGGCAGUUCUAAAAGUAUGAAAUAUUCAAAGUGCAGUCUGUCUCUUGAUAGAACCACUGUGUUGGCCUUCGCUGCAUGUAUUGUGCUUACACAGAGCAUGACAAAUCUCACUUCUCCUUGGUAAUUCUUUUGAGAGAAAAGGAGAACCCUGUGUGUCUCUAAGUUGCCUUGCUUCUGGGACCCCAUGUGCUUGUACCACUCCUUCUGAGUACAUCAACUCUAGGUUCAGCAGUAGCUGCCCCGGGUCUGUGUUUCCUUCCUAAGGAGGGGAAUGAUACCAAAUCACACCAGAUUUUUGACUCACUUCUACUACUCUCCUAUUUCCUCUAAUUUUUUGUCUGCAAACUUAAGUUGUGAA